GGAUCUAAAGUCUGAACUGCUUCGUAAGGAGCAACUUGUAUGUAGUUCACAACUUUACCUCCCACUGGGUGGAGUGUAGCCUUUAAGAGAAGUUGGAAUGCAGUUGUUUUUUGAAGUUUACAGACGCCUCUACACACUGUGGACUGAUUCUGUUGAAAGGGAGGGACCAGACUGUAUUUCUAGAAACUGUUAGAGCUGCUGUCUGUGUGGAAUAACAGCUUUAAGGAAAAAGGGAAGGUUGGGAUCCUUUUAGAACACUAUCAUGGGUGAAGACGCAGUACAGGCAGAGAAAAGCAGCAAUGAUGCUGAGAAAAAUUCUGUGCCAGAGACACAGGAAUUGGUGGUUCCAAGUCCAAGUCCAGUCCAGCCUCCAGUUCCAAAUCAAGUCUCCAAUAAUUCAAAGCUCGAGGGGACACAAGUACAUUCAAUCACAAUUUUAACCCUCCUGGACAAAUUGGUGAGCAUGCUGGAUUCUGUGCAGGAGAAGCAGCAGAAGAUGGAACAGUAUCAGGUGGACAUGGAGAGCUCAGUGAAAGGUAUCGAGAAUGACAUUACCAAGCUCUCCAAGGCCCACAACUCUACCAGCAACACGGUUACAAAGCUUCUGGAAAAAUCACUUAAGGUGAGCGUCAACAUGAAAGAGGUACGACAGCAUAUGGAAAAACAAGCUUCACAGGUCAAAAAGCUGGAAGACAACCAUAACUAUAUGAUGAACAGGAACAACUUUAAAGUUCUGAUCUUCCAGGAUCAAAAUGAAAUUCCGUCAACUGUGUUUACAAAGCCUCCCACACCAGUCCCUAGCAUCAAGGAAGGAGAAGAAGGACAGCAGGGUAGAGAGAAUAUGUUCCGUGAGGAGACCUUGCAAACUGUGGACCUAUCAUCAGAUGAAGAGGUGCUGCAUGAUGACGAUGAGCUUGAAGAACCAUUUGCUGAAGAAAAAAUGGAAAAAUCAAGGGCUGAGAAGAUUAAAAGUUCAAGUCUUAAGAAAGUGGAUAGCAUCAAAAAAGCUUUCUCCCGUCAGAAUAUUGAAAAGAAGAUGAAUAAGAUAAGUACAAAGAUUGUUUCUCCAGAACGACGAGAAAAGAUUAAGAAAUCAUUAACUCCUAGCCAUCAGAAAACUUCCUCAACUAAGAGUUCAAAGUUUAAAGUGUCUCCAAUAACCUUUGGUAUAAAAAAAGCUAAAGGUGGGGAGGCUCCUCUGGAGAAUGCUGAGCAGUCAAUUGUCCUAGAAGAGAUCCAGCCUAGCAGUCCUAAUGAUAAUGCUACAUUUGAAGAAGUGCAUUCUGAAAUGACUCCUGCUGCGAUCGUUGCAGAGGCAAUGAAAGCAAUGGCUGCAUCACUAGAGAAGGAGGCAGAUGAGCAAAAUAUCCUCAUCAACAAUAACAAUGUCAAUGAGCUCUCCAUUGUGGAAGACAAUGAAGAAGUCGAGAUGGUUGUGCGGAACUCAGGACCAGUAAGCUAUGAAGUAGAAGAGAUGGAGGAGGAGGAGGAAGAGGAAACAGCACUGACAGCUAAUGAUGAGGAAGAACAUCCAGUUGAAGUACCUGAAAAAUCAGUUCUUCAUAUUGAACAAACAGCAUAAAGGGUGGCCUUCAGUAUUUCAAAAUGUAGACAGUUUACUUGUGAGAAUGACCAGCAUGGAACAGAAAACACUGAUGACAGUAAAUAUUCUGAAUCUUUGGAGCCUUGAAUCAAAACCAUUACAGCCUUCUCUUUCAUCCAUGUUAAGACACUAGAAUUGUUAUGCAGGACUUACUAAGAUGUCAUUUUUUUUAAAAUAAAAAUGUUAUAUUCCUUUAUUAGUACAAUCAAGUAAUUCUAUCUUUAUGCUUAGCAUAUCAUUCAGUAUAUCAGCAGUAUGCUGUGUAUGAAUUUCAAAGGGGUAUCUAUACACUACCGUACUUGAAAACUAGAAAUUAGAUUAUUAGGGAUUUAGCUAUAAAGACUAUUCUGAACAGCAGUCAUAAAAGAGGGGGACCAAUUAUGAAAGAUUUUUUUACAGCUAGAAAUCCAAAGAACGUAGUUUUAGUAUUACAUUGAUGGAAGUCUUCUGGAUAGUCAUACACAGUAUGUAAACCAGUAGAUCACUCCAUGAUUAACCUGUACCCAUAUCAAAACUAGACAGGUAUCUGUAGAAGUAGUCUGUCACAGAAUUUUGCAUGCAUAUGUAACUUUUAUCAAGUCAGUUUUUGUUUUCUUUUUUCUUUUGUAGUUGAACUGAUAGUUUCAGACUUGGCGCAAACUAUGUAACACUGUACUGGCACAGAAUAAUAAGCGAAGAAAAUAAAAUAUGUUUGUACAUACAGGGUUAAAACAGCAAAAUAGACAGUGACUUGCAAAGUAAUAAUAUGAAGUAUCAUUUUCUUACUUUUCAACUAUAGGUUAACUUUUACUCUUCUUGUUGUUGUUACCAGUAUUGAUACAUUUCAACAUCUGAUUCCGUAAACAGGUUAUCAUAAUAUACAUUAUAAAUGAGUAAAACAUCAAAGUAUAUUGUUCUUUUUAUAAUUUUAAUGAGUAAUAAAAGUGACAAAGAAAAUUUCAACCAGCAUUAUACCUACAUUUUAUAUUUCUUCAAGGGUCAAUCAUUGUUUUGUUGUAAACAUGUUGAUUUGCUUGGAGAUCAGAUGUUUUGCAGCCCUACAAUUUGUUAAGUGUAGCAAAAAAAUCUCUUCCAGAGACAACUGCAGACUUUAUCUUUCCAUAGAGUCCUGCUGUUGGAUGUACACUCCUUACUAUCACAGUUCUUGUGAAAGCAUUUUUGAAUUUGGAAAUCCAGAUAUGUGUGUGUCUCUCCUUGCCUGGUGUACCAGCUAAGCACUCUAUGUCUAAGCUUACCAAGGCAAUUACUAGAUAUACUAGUGAUAAGGAAGAUACUAUUUUGUUGUGUAUAUUAAUACCAAAAACUCUUGUAAAGGCUGAUGUCUAGCAGUUACCAUAGAAUAUUAAGGCAAUGAGCUCUUAACAGACUUCUAGUUCAGUCCAGGGUUUGAUUUCUGCCUCCUUUUACCUACUGUUUGGUGUGGGGCAAAUGAGAAAGUGGACUAGACUGCUAAGGAGUCUGCUGGUAUGCAUGCUUAGCAAAUACCUAUCAAUAUAUUUGCAGUGCUUGUUGGCCAGAACCAUGCAUGUUCAUAUGUUAGUCCAAACUCUCUAGUUUUCCUCACAUUUCAAUCAGCAUGAUAUAUCUCUAUAUAUCAUACUGACUGUUAGUAGACUGUGACUGUGCAUUUCUGUCUACCUUCAUAGAUUUUAAUUAUUUAUUUACAGAAAAUUCAAGUCAUAUACAGUGAUAUAUGGAUCUAAAGGAGUCAUUUUUAAAUGCUCAUCUUUCAAUGUACAAUUGAAUGAAAGUGGAAAUUAGAAUUCUGUGAUCUUUAAUGUAAUUGGUUUUACAGGAAAGCAGGGUAAUGUCUUUCCUUCAACUUUGCUUGACCUCACAAUUAUAAUAUUUGCAUAACAGGAGAACAACAGGGUAAAUUAGAACUUUAUCAUUUCCUAAAUAACUUGCCUUUGUGACUGUGUGGCACAGAUUAAUAAAGCCUUGACUGUAACUAUAAUGUCCCAGAAUUAAUUAAUGACCCAAACUGUAGGAUUAAGUAGGGGAGGGUGAGUGGCUGCCACUGACUUACCUAUCAUCCUUGGGAGGAAAGCUCUUUGGUUCUCAGCCAUGCUGACUUUAGCAGGAUGUUAGAGUCAUAGCAACCUCUUUGCUACAUCAGCUGGAUGUUAGAAUCACAGCAUGCUCUACAGAGGCCAGGCACAUGCCCUUGUCCCUACCAAGCUACACUUACACAGUAGCCUUCAGUGGACAUGUGCAUAAACAUGCACACAAAGGGAAGGAAGGUUUAUAUGGCCCUUGCUUCAGUAGAUGUGAAUGUCAGGUACAAUUGGGGUGGGAUAGGGACACAACAAAAAAUCUGAGUAAGCUAGGAAGGAUAACCUUCGCCUGAAUCUUUCCCCUAUUGCUUGCAUAAACUAAGAUGAUACUAAAAUACUAAAAAGUAUCACCAUUUCCCACCAACUAGGUGAUAUAAGGUACUGAAGCCACAGAGAAUUGGGUACAAAUGGGUCAAUAUGUGCAAGGGGAGGCUUAUGGUUAUUGUUUAAUUCAAAUCAAAAUUACUUGAGAAAUUAAUGAUAUAAAGGUUUUUAAAGCAUGUGAAAGAUUGCUUUUGCUGUAGUGAAUUGCAGAAUAUGUGGCGUGUGGAAAGUGAAUUUUAAUGUACUUUCAUAGUAACAAGAUAGAAUCAGCAAGUGUGGAAAGGGCUAUGUACAGAUACUGUAGAGGAUGAAAUGUAGGUGUGGCUUAGGAACAGAUCAUUAAUGCAGACUUAAAACAAAUCUGUGGGCCUUAGCAAGUGUCAAACAUGGCAAACAGGUUCUCUUUCUUGUCAUUUUCUACUGCUGAAUAUCAUAAACAUUUAAUUUUAAUGUCAAUAUUGCUCAUAUGCUUGAAGUGAAUGGAAGUUUGAUGUUUCAGAAGGAGUACACUUUCUAUAUUUGCUUAUUUUUUUAUUUCAUUGAAACAAUUUUCUGCAAAUGUGCCAGCCUUAGCACAACAAAUAAAAGUCUGUGUUACAGUCAGACAAAUUUGUUAUAUAUGAAAACUACUCUGUUGAAUGCAUACUAUCAAAGAAAAAUAUAGUUUGUAUUAUAAUAUCGUUUUCACUAAACCACAAUAUUGUUUGAAUCACAGUAGUACUAAUGCAAAUAAAAUUGAUUAAAGCAAUA